AUGCCAUCGUCUGCACCGAUGAUACUCUUCCUUGUGGUGAUGUUAACAGCUUCAGUUUGGGCGCAAGACAAUUCCAUUCUAGAGAAGCGAGCGAUGCGCAACGCUCUAGUGCGCUUUGGACGUGCCGGAGGAAACAUGAGGAAUGCACUGGUCAGAUUUGGCAAGAGAUCUUCGACAGCUGAUGAGGACUAUGCGGCCAUGGUAGCGCAAGACAAACGGAAUGGUGCGCCACAACCAUUUGUCCGAUUUGGAAGAUCCGGGCAUCUAGAGCACAUUCACGACAUCCUGUCAACACUACAAAAGCUGCAGACGGCCAACUAUUACUGA